AUGGCAGAACACGCGAAUGAUAGAUGCCCUUCCAUGGUGGGUUCCGAGCGUAUGGUGGACCCCUUCAAUGAGACAGGUCUUUGGGUUACGGUAGAAUUUCCUGAAUCAAUGAAGCAUACCCAUAGUGACGAACAGCUGAUGAAGUUUGUGGUCCAGCAGAUUCAAAGAGGCAGGGCCAUCAUUUCCACUUACGCAAAGCAUUACGAGAGACACUUGUGUCUCUCGCUACCAGUUGUCGGAUUCGCUGGGGAGGAGGAACCAAUUGAUGUAGUCAUGGACCAGGCUGAGACCGUGGCACUCUGGUGGCUCGAACAGAUCCUCGCAUACAAGGUUCGUCUUGACUGCAAUGUGCUUUUCCCUUAG